AAACAAAAAAUGCACUGGCUCGCAACGCCGUAGGGUUCAUGGCUACUCGCUUUGCGUAGGUUAGUUGCGAUGACACGACCCCUGCGGUCGUCAUCGGCGAUUUCAGUGUGGAUGUGUCGGGACCAGAAAGGGGGCGUUUCCUAUUGCAGGCGUAUCGCUUGUGAUGCCACACCGAUCUGGCCCCAACCGACCACCCAACGGCGUACGUGCAUCGAUCUGACAUUACCAGAAAAUGUGUUUGCAGUUGCGAGUAAAUAUAUGCCGAUCAGUAUAUACCAUAGCGACCACAAAGCUGUUAUGACUGCCGUUACUAAGUGAGAAUGAGUGAUUCAAUAAAGUCUUUACAAGUUUUCUUACCAGGAUGUUUACAGCUCCGCUGGCCAUCCACCAUCGCAGGGCGCAAUGACCUUGAAUUGUUCUCUCUCUCUCUCUCUCUGUUCAAACAAACUAAAAUGCGGCCCGCCUUACUCUUCAAUAACAAAUAUUCACCCACUUGCUUUCAUUCAUUUAUCCCUAGAAUCUAUCGCACCAUCGUCGUUAAUCCCUCAAAUGCAUUUUUUUACUCUACCCGCUUACUCGCCAAUCUCCCUUAGUUCAUAUGAGAACGAUACUGCACACAUCCACAACGGGGCAUUCGCCAAAAAGGUUCACACGCGCCACUAUCUUUCAAAUCAUCAACAUCGCCACUAUUCUCUGAGCAAGCCCGCAACGUGAGCGCGUGAUCACGUGAUCCGCGCAGAAGAAGAAAUCUCUGGCUCGAGCGCCCUUCAUCAUCGAAGCCAUCGUAGUUUUCAGCGCAAAGCUAUCUGAUGUUGCCGACUGAUCUGCGACAAAAGCUUCAGUGCAACCCAAGGUUUCGUCGGAACUGACUUCGGCACUGUGAUAAAGGCGCGGAAGACGUCAAGCGCCAUGGAACCUAGGCCCACAGACAAGACUCCUAAGCAGGAGCCGCAGAGAGCGAACACCACCAAAACGGGCAGCAAGGGCAAGGCUUCGCCCAAGACCCCGGAGUCCAGGAAGGCGUCCCCGAAGUCAGGAAUGUCGACGCCCAACCGAUCGAAACACUCGAGCGAGCAGCGAUACCUGGAACGGGGAAAGCCGCUGGGGGAACGUGCCUCUUCAGGGCCUGCCGAGCCACACGGCACCGUUCGCAAGGAAACUGCUGGCGAACAACACAAGGAGACCACGCCAGUGACCCCGCAAGACCGGCUUUCCAAAGCACCGACACCUCGACCGGAAAGUGGAACGGAAUCUCCGGUCGGGUCACGGCAGAGAGACGCAGUUCCGGCCAACCAGAACAUGGUUACCGCUGGUCGCGAAGGCAAGGGUAAAAGAUCGCCACUAAGAAGUCGCAGUCGUACACGGCGUGCGGUACCGACUCCGGUACCGACUCCGGUACCUGGCAGCGCGGUGAUCGCCAGCGUCAGCGCCGCCGUAGCGUCCAAAGAACCCCGGCCAACCUAUACCGUGGAAGAUACGCAUACUCCCGCGACUCCAGUCGCUGGCCAGCAGGUCCUACCCGAGCAGCACCCGAGACCCGAGAGUGCAGCCGUGCCAGCUCCUGGCACGAAACAAGGCCCACAGAUCUCGGAACCACCCGUGAUAGUCCCGGUGAAAGACCCCCAUGAAGCGGGCAGGCCUUGGGAGAAUCCACUCAUGAGCCUGUACACGCCCGAGGGUGGCUUGCAGCCGAUGGCCUACGCCGUGUUCGCCUUCAUCUGGCUCGCCUUCGUGGCUCUGCUGUUCUACUUGUUGAUUCGGCAGAGCUCCGAAAGGGCCCACGGCGCCUGCGAUACGCUGGCGUGCGAGUCCUACUCCAGGCUGCUGCUCGCCUCCAUCAACUCGUCGGUCAAGCCGUGUGAAAGCUUCAGCCGCUACGUCUGCGACGGCUGGCGCAGCGGCCACGACUUGACCGUCGGCGAGGACACCAUUCUCGCGGCACUCGACGGGGUCUAUCGUUCGGCGGCGGACAGCGAGAUGCCGGCCAACGGUCAGAAUGCGACGCAGCGCGCGACCGCCUUCUACCUGAGCUGCGCGUGCGUCGGCAGGGGCGAGUGCGACGAGCUGCAGAAGGUGAAGGCGGCGCUGCGAGAGGCGGGCAUCGUCUGGCCGCACAGGGCAGGCAGUCCGGCUGUCGUGAAGACGCUGCUCUACACGUCGAUGAGACUGCGCUGGCCCAGCCUCCUCGACCUCGAGGUUGUGCAGCGCGAGAGGGACACUCACAUUUACCUACGAAUAUCGCCAUGGUUCUUUAGCCUAAGUUCCAAGCUCGCGGAGCACCAGCGUUCGCCUGGCGCUCGGAAGCGAUACUUCGACGUUCUGAGAUAUAACUUCAAGAGCGAAGGAGACAUCGUUACGGAUGAAGACAUCGUGACAUUUGAGGAUACCCACAGCGUGGAACUUGGCAUUGUGCGCGCUUUAGGUAGCUACCAGAGCACAAGAGACGGCGGGACAACCAGUGACUUGUACAUGUACUGGACGACCAAGGGCUCUCAUGCGAUUUGGAUUGACGCUUUGCGUGAAUACGGCGUCGAGGUGGGCGAAAAUGAUGAGAUCGUGUUCAUUACCAAUACUCCCACUUUCGUGACUCGUUUCCACGCGAGGUGGGAUCAAUACCAUGAGGAUAAAAUGCACAUGUUCCUGUCCUGGGGCACCGUCCAGGUGGCGGCACUGUUCUCGAACCAGAUGUUGCAGGCCAACUUCUACGGCAGCGCGUCAAAAGCAAGGGUCAGUCAUGGCGCGUACUGCUUCAGCAAGACGCUCCUCUUCGUUGGCGACCAAGCACUUUACGCGUACCGGAGAGAAUUCCUGCCAGAGGAGUCGGUUCCCGUGGCCGAGACGGUCGUCGCGGACGUUCGCCGAGCCCUGGAACGCCGCGUUGGCCGUUGGAGUCGAUACGACCGCAGCGUCACCAUCGUCGGCGACUGGCUCUCCACGAGAACAGCGCUCAAGUACCUGCACAAUGAGCGCAGAGCCAACGCCAGCGCCGAGGCCCUGCAAACGAGCCGACUCCAGGCAGACAUGGGCAAGUCGCUGGUGGACAACUGGCGUCUGGUUCCGCGGGCUGCUCUGUCCGACCCGACAUUCAGUCGGGUGUCGAGUGCCAUCGAGAAGCUCCGGCUAUACGUGCUCCAAAACGGCAGCGUACCGCAGGGACCCGACCUGUCCCUGUUGCCGUACGCGUUCAGCUUCCCCUACUUCGACGCCAAGGCCUCGGCCGUCUUCAACUACGCCGGAGUGGGUAGCCUUGUUGCGCAGGGGCUCGGGGAGCUGUUCCUGGAUGCUUACUCCAAGUCCGAAAUAGACCCCGUCGUCAAGAAGUACCUGGAGUGCAUGCAAGGCAGCUCUGUGUCUUCGCACGAUAAAAGCAGCUGGGCUCGAUACAUGGAUCCCAUCUCCCUGAAGACGAGCCUGGACGCGUACCGGUCGAGCAGCGGCGCUUCCGACAACAGUCCUGCCGAGGGCCUGGAGUUCCUCUCUCGAGACCAGCUGUUCUUCGUGGCCGCGUGUUUCAUGCGAUGCAGCGGCGGCGCCUCACGCUCCGGCGGCUUGGCGCAUGCGCAGUGCGACGCCACCUUUAAGCACGUCAAAGAGUUCGCCGACGUGUUUGGCUGCCCGCCAAAGUCGCCCAUGAACCCGGCGCAGAGGUGCACGCUGCUGUGACCGAAUGGCACUGAAGACUACGACGACUUGGCUUUUGAGCAAAAUGGGUCAAGUUUUGUAUACUUGUGACAAAUCUAAGAUUCCUGUAUGAACGCUAUCUUCGGUACACUUCGCGCUGUCAGGAAGAGAACGUUGUGCUACAUUUUUUUUUGCCUUCUCAUUAAGACUUGUGGUGUUUCGCAGCAGCUCGUGUCGACAGCCCUUCGGACGAAAGACAUUCAGAUUGCGGGAAGGAAUUCGUUUGUAUUGUAACGAGAAUUAUCCUUUCCGGUCGCGUAUAUUGGCAGGGUAUAUUUUCGACAUUAUUAGUCACUUACGCAGGGAAUGACUGCUCAUACUUCCAAAAUGUUUGCUGUGGGAAAAUAUUUGUCGCGUUUCUACUAUCGUGUCCUUUUUUUUUUCUCCGAGUACAAGAGCUGACGCCGAAGCUAAGUAAAUUAACAAUGUGCUGCUGCCUCCGGUGUUUAAAGCCUGACACUCAUUUUCAGCUGAGAAGGGAAAUUCGUACGUCAAACACAGCAUAGCGGAAAGUUGCUGCGAGACUAUACCGUUGGCACCAAGGCUAGAGUUGCGCAACGACUGCAUAGCAUGGCAGAGCAUAGCGUAGCAUGCGCUUCUCGAAGCUGAAGUUACUGGCCAAAGUUUAGGAAAGAAGUGUGUAAACGAUGAACUCAUGACAUUCCAUAUAAGGUACAUAUGUAUACCUUCGCAAGAAAAUGAACCCGGGUGGACUUCUACGCUGGGCCUACGUGUAUGCUAGAGGGGUGUGCCUGAUCUCGAAGCAGGCACGAUGGUUUAUUUACCUGUAUUUCGUGAAAAUAUUUUUGUUUCGGCUGGUGACAAGAACUUCAGAGACUGUUGCAGGAAAGAAAUGUGUUUAGAGUAACACCAACAAUGCUAUUAUUCCUCCUGGUUUCUUUCUUGCUGCCGACAAAGAUGACGAUGCUCUUGUCUUCUCAGACAAGAAGGUAGCGAACAGUGUUAGAGUAAAUUUAGAUAAAUAGAAAACAUUUCGAUAUCAUAUGAGGAUUAUUCAAAAAGAUGAUUCAUCCAUAACUUAUUACAAAUUGGAAAAUGAGUGGGAGGGAACACAAAACAACACUACGUAUAUUCCUAUGUCAUUCGAGGUGGGUUAUGGAGUAGAAGUAAGGCAACCUAGAUUGGUGAACCAGGCGUAGACAUCGCAUCUUGAAACGACGGAAAAUUCUGACGAAAAUGACACCUAGAAAUCGUCCAACACGAUUGUAAGGCAAGAACCGACUGUCAUU